AUGUCCGGAGGCUCAUCACCACCAUACACUGCUGCGGAUACCAUAAACGUACAACUCCGCAAGGUAGAGCUACCUACCUUCGACGGGGAUUUCUCCACCUAUAAUGACUUCUGGGCCAAAUUCAAGACCGCGGUCCACGACAACCCGUCCCUAUCCACCGCUGUUAAGUUUAUCUAUCCCAGUAGCAGCCUUAAAGGUAGCGCCGCACUUGUUGUACAAGGGUACGACAUAACCAAUCCCUCCAACUACCAUCUUGCUAUUGAAGCCCUACGCAGACGGUAUGACCGUCCGCAGUUCACCCAUAAUUUCUUUUUGCAGAAAAUAAGAGAACUUGCCAGCGUCGUCUGCCUCCGCUUCAUCGCAGAGGGACACGUUAUGCCAGAUCCAAGCAUGUAUCCUGCAGCUCAACCGCUUCGAUGA